GGGCCUCUUCAGCACAGGCUUUCCACUGGACUCAGCAGCAGAAGCAGGACGCCGGGCAGGACGAGGCCGAGUGGGUCCCAGCCAGGCGGGGGCCCAGACCAGACCUGGACGACAAGUUCGUCGUGUCUCGCAGCUGGCUUUGCAGCGAGUUGGAGCAAGGUCAGACAGAUGGCACGGUGCUGUUCCGCGUCAUCCUCGACCAGAAGAAGUUGGACGAGGCGUUGGAGAGGGUGCCGUACUACCGGCUCUUCGGGCUCGACUGCUCCGAGAGGUUUUUCAAGUUGUUCAUCCGUGGCGACGAGUGCGAGCCCAUACUGCUCGGCGAGCUCGGCGGCAAGGUGGUGCCCGACCAGUCGACGCUCGAGCUCACGAAGCUCACACGCGAGGUCUACGGGCACCGGAUCGCGGGCACCAUGGAAACCUUGCCGUGCCUAGACGUGAGCUUGGUGAAGGCCGACGACUCACAGGGCGAGUGGCAGGAACUCUUGCAGUCGGAUGAAGACGCGCUGAACAAGCCGCAGGGAUCGCUCGAAGAGUUCCAGGAGGCGUGGGAAAGGGCCAAGCGAGAACCAUCUCCAGACCGGGACGAUUGGACUCCUGACGAUUGGGCGGACGAAGAGAAAACAAAGGCUGACACCGCAUUCAAGGAGGGCAUAUAUCGGGACGCAGUUGUCUAUUACACCCGCGCGUUACGAUACACACCUCGCAACGAGAAGCUGUUAUCAAACAGGAGCGCCGCUUACCUGAAGCUGGGCAAGAGCCAGCUUGCCCUCGACGACGCCCUGGAGGCAGAGAAGAUCGAGCCCAACUGGACCAAGAUCUACUUCAGGAAGGGCCAGGCGUUGCGAAGCUUGAAACGUUUCGCGGACGCGGUCUCAGCGUUUAAGGAAGGCAAAGAGCUGGAUGCGAAGAACCCGGAUUGGGACCGCGAGAUCCAGAACACCCUCGUUAUGGAGAAGGCGGUGGAACGCAGAAAGAUCCAGGGCACAGAUCCACUGAGGUCGCGUAGAUAGGAUAAGCGCAACGCUCUUACGCAGCGAGAGCAAAAGAUGUCUCACUCCCAUGAGUGGCGAAGGUUCCUUCCGUGCCGAAUCAUUGUAAUUGAUUUGUUGGUCCGAGCACAUAGAUUGCAAAGUCUGCGGCCUUUCAGCCCAGAGACCAGCGAAUGGUAAUUGUGCUCAGCAGCGGGAUACGCAUUCUGCAUCUCUGACAUGGGUGAAAGCAGUCUGUCACGUUCCGUUGUUGAAGUCCGGGAUUGGACCUGCGAUUUAAUGUGAUUUGGUUAUGGGCC